AUGUUUGAAAGCGAGUUCCUAGUUUCAGUUCCCAUCAACAGUCCCUUUAAGAUGGCAGCAAACACAAAACACGAUGGCAUCCACAUCCGCAUCAUGACGGAAAAGGAUUACGAGGAGAUUAAGGAGCUAAUUUUUGAGGACUACUUCACUGGCGUGCCCUUAUGCUUACCUAAAAGUAAAUUCACCACAGAAACAAAAGAGUUACUCGACGGAGUACAUAGACACAUGGUGGCCCAGGACACCUGCCUAGUGGCCAUCGAUGAGGUCAACAAUGGACGCCUGGUGGCCUUCGCUCUGGCUGGAGCCCAGUUUCCGGAGGAUUUAGAAAAACAACGAAACGAGUUAGACAGAAUUCAGCCAGAGUUGGCUGUUCUUCUGCGAUUUCUUCACGGACUAGAGUGCCAGGCCGGGAUCUUCAAGCGAUAUGGAGUCACAAAACUUAUAUACUCGUGUUUUACUUAUGUGAACCCCGAAAUGAGGGGCAGGCGUUUAGGAGUACGCUUGGCAGAAGCUGUUAUGGAACUUGGUAGAUCCAAGGGGUUUCCCUUGAUGACCGCCUGCUGUGUAAGCUUCUACUCUGCCAGGCAGAAGGAGGCCCUGGGAAUGGAGUGCAUUCUAUCACAAAGCUAUGCGGAUUACAAGGACGAUCAAGGACAGGAGAUUUUCACACCUCCUGCUCCGCAUAAAGAAGUUCGAAUAUUGGCUAUUAGAUUAAUUAAUAAAGAAGAGUAA